UGGUCACACUGAUCCCUACCAGCAAGCCAAUACGAAAAUUAUUUUUUUGCAGCUAUAUUCAUGCAAAAAUCUGAUCAAUUGUGUUGCAAGUAAGGCAAAUAAUAAGGGCCAAUUGUCUCACUUGGUUCAAGUGUUUGAAAACAGAGUGUGCGCAGUUAAAUUCAGCCGCGAGCGGUGCCGACAUUUUCUUGCCCGAUAAAAUCGAGUGUGGGUUUUAUCUCCGCCCGUCCCCUUUGCCCUUUAUUGAGGCAUCGCCUCAACUUUAAAUGGUGUAAAGCGGAAAAGGCGGCGCUGCAAGGAUGAACUUCGAGUACAUCGGCCAUGCCCUGGGCUACCAUGGACAGCCGCUGCAAAAGAUCUGGGACGAUGAGCGGGGCGUGGAAGACCUGCGGCUGAUGGGCCUCACGCAGGUGAACUUUGCGGUCUACCAGGAACGCCAGAAGUUCUUCACGUUCCAGGAGCGGGCCAAGCGGCUCAAGAUGCAUCAGUUUCUGGCGCGGAAGGCCACCGAACUGUACGAUCGCACUAUGGUGGCCAAUGUUAUGGAGGAUUCCGUGCUGGCACAAGCCAACACCUAUAUGGCCCAGAUGCCGCCAUUCGAGUUCUUUCUAAAUGUGAAGGACAAACGCAAGGGGUGGGCCCACCGCCUGGCUGCCUUGAAACAGGGCGAUAUCAUCUACACCCAGGUGAUAAGACUGCUCAAUGGCAACCGGCUUUUAGUGAAGCCACUUUGCUCCGGCGAACCCAAGCACGCCUACCUGGCCGACAUACCCAUAAAGGCCAUGAUCCUGCAGGACUACUGGGGUCCCUUGCCCCUGGACAAGCAGGGAAAUCCGCGUAGCUUUGCCCAAAAUGACAUCCUGCGCUGCGAGAUCAACAGCAUAUCUGCUGAUACCGAACGGCUUAGCCUCAAUAUGAUUGGCAUGUUUAACCAACCGCCGGAAUUGAAGUUUGGUCUGUGCGACAUUAACGAGUUGCCCAAGUAUUAUCGUAAAAUACAUAACCUGGAACAUCCCUCUGCUACACACUUCGAGGAUGACCUAAACGCAGCCUUGGAGUUCGAAAAUCCAAACUACGAUCUACUGUUCCAGAUAAACGGCCUGCAGCCCAAUGAAAAUUUUUCCCUAAUGAGCCAUCUGAAGGCGGGAUUCCCGGAGGCGGAAAACGCCGCGGAGCUGCGCCAGAAGCAGGCCUCCCAAUGGGCCUUCCGCUCCGUGGCUGAUGGCAUCGAGCACUUUAAGAACGGCCAGCAGGUCGAAGCUUUUCAGUGCCUGAACAAGGCUCUGAACAUUGAUCCGCGCAAUGUUGAGGGUCUGGUGGCCCGCGGUGCCCUCUACGCGAACCGGGGCAGCUUCCUAAAGGGACUGCAGGACUUUGAAAAGGCUCUGAACCUGAACAAGUACCAUGUGAACGCGCGCAAGUACAUGGGCGAAACGCUAGUGGCUCUGGGUCGUAGCUAUGAGGAGGAGAACCGCAUACCCGAGGCGGUCAAGGCCUACAGUGACUGCUUGAACCUGCUGCCGCAGCACGAGGAGGCACGCCAGUCGUUGGACGCACUGCAGCGAAGUGGAGACGGUAAGCAUAGAGUAAGCGCCGACCGAAUCAACCUGGCCGGUGGCGCCUCCUCGGACGAGUCCACCUCAUCGAGUGGCAGUGAAAGUGAAAGCGAAGAUCAGGCUGGAAAGGUCAAGAGUAACAUCAGUCAGCCAUUCUAUGCCCAAAAUUCCAAUCAACCGCCGGGGGAGGAAAAGUUGGCCGUAAUCGAUGCCCAAAAGGCCAACGAGUUCCGGCUGGACGAUGAUGAGACUGUGUCCAGUGUGAGGAAGCUUCUGCGGGAGGCUAGUAAGCACAAGAAGGCCAAGAAGAAGGGCAAGAAAAAAAAGGACAAGAAGGAAAAGGAGAAGAGGAGGUCCAGGACCAAGUCCGAGCUGGAGGAUCCCAUGGAGUUGCUCAAGAAGAUGGACUUUCAGGAAGCCUUCAGACAAGACAAGCUAAUGAACAGCACCAGCAGUGAGGCGGAACUUAAAGCCAAGAUCAAAAACUACCUAAAAGAUGGAAAUGGUGGAGGAGACUCACCGCCACCCCCACCGCCGAUGAAAAAAACAGUAGCUCCACCCAAAAAAUCUAUCUUCGACACCAUGGGACCCAGCACAUCGCGUCAUGCGGCCGCCGUGGGUGGAUUUGGAGGCGACCAUCCACCGCCAGCGCCCAAGUAUCAGGAGCAAAAGAAACCCCUGGAGCCGUCGCCAAAGCUCUCUUUUCAGAUCAAAAAACGACCACUGCAGAUGGAUAAGCUGGGAAUGCUGCGUCUGGCGGCGCCAGUGGAACCACUAAGAAGCGGACGGAGCAGCAGCUCGCGCAGCCGCAGUAGGAGUCGAAGCCGCUCGCGUAGUCGCUCGCGUUAUCGUAGGCGCGGAAGAAAUUCGCGCUCGCGUCAUCGCAGCCGUCGUCGUGGCUCGCGAUCCGACUCCAGAUCCAGGUCAAGAAGCAGGUCGCGAUCCCGUCGGCGUCGCAGCUACUCGCGUUCUCGCAGUCCCUCGCCACGCCGCUAUGGGAAUCGCUUUGUGGUCGGACGCUAUCGGUACCGCCGAGAUCGCCGUUCACGGUCCUUCCAUCGUCGGAGGACACCAUCGCCCUUCGUGCCAAGGCGCUCGCCCUCAGCCUUUGCCAACCGCCGCACGCCCUCGCCGUUUGUGCCCCGUCGCACACCAUCACCGGCGUCCCGCUAUCGACGCACUCGCUCCCGCAGCCGCUCCCGUUCCCGCAGUCUGAGUCCGCGUAGUCAGUCGCGCUACCCACCUAGGGGUAGGGGCCGUGGUCGUAGCACUAUGGAUCGCAGCAAGUACUCCUGGUACAAUCACGAUAGACGCAGUGUUUCCCGCGCUGUGGAGCCAAAUGGCAAGGAUGAGAGGAGCUCUAAAGCAGCUUCGCCGGAAAAAGAUGGUGCAAAUGACAAGGAGGUUGCAAAGCCAGUGACCGAAGCCGAGCCCACCGUCGAGCAGGUGGACGAAAUGAUCAAAGAGGCGCAGAAGGAGCGCAAACAAGAACUCAUCGAGGCGACCAAGGAGGUCAAGGAGUAGGGUCAUCGAUACUCACACGUACUACGAGUGUUAAGUUUCCUCUUAGCUGAUAAAAUUUGAAUUUGAUAUGCGAAUUUGUAAUACGCUCCCCUGGGAAAAGUUCUCUGAUCACUAAAUAAAGAAGCUUACAAAGCUAAGUUGGGCAUGACUUGCAUGCAAAAAUCAA